GGGGCAAAACAAUGAUGUGCAUGAUGUGUGUGUGGCUUGUGUUGUGUCUAUUGCCCUUUUGCAUUAGGGCUCUGUGUACACUGGGUCAACACACUGGCAUUCAUGUGCACAGAAUCAGUGAACCAUUGUAGCUAAACAAUAAUCAAAGUAUUUUGGUUAAAUGGACUCCAAACUCUCAAUAAACUUAGAUGAUCUUAGUGCAGUCUAUGAAGCAACAUUUCAAGCUAGAGCUAAAUGGAAGCAGAUGUUGUUAGCUCUGCAAGUUAAUAAUACUACUAUUGAAACUAUCAAUAUAAGAUGUCGUGAAGAUCCUGAUAACUGCUAUCUUGAGGGUCUAUCAGAGUGGCUAAAAGGUGAAGAGAGAAGCUGGACAGACGUGUUUAAGGCUCUCUCACGCUCUAGUGUAGGGCACAGUGAUCUCGCUAAGGUGGUCGAAAGACGUCUUACUAAAGCUACCGAAAAUACAGAGUAUAGACUGAGUUCAUCUUCACUGGCAACUAAUGCUGAUAGCGGCAUAAUGGAAAUGACCAACAUCAGUGAGGUGAAACAGAACAGUCAGCUUACAGAAAACCAAGCUGACACCAAUCACGAAGAAGUAUCCAGCAUUGGCGAUCAAUCCCUGGUGACAAUGCAUUCAAGGCGUUGCAAAUGGUCGUGGCUGGUGACGAUAAUAAUCUUAUUGGUCGUCAUUGUGGUACUAAUAGUGGUGGUCUUAGCAGUCUUACUGCCUGUUCUCAAACUAGAGCUAUCUCAUACUGAUACAUCAACUUCACCUGCACCCAUCAUAUACACUACUGUUUCUGAAUCUACUCCAACAGAGAGCAUAUUUCAUACAGCUUCAAUAGACGUCACCGUAGCAGGUGGCACGACUCCUGCAUCAGACCUACUCAUCAAUGUAAACAGCAUAUAUCAACUGCCUAAAGUGUCAGCAAUCUUCGUUGACUCAUUUAUCAAACAUACAAUCGAUUCCUUAAUUUUAUCUAUAUUCGGAGGGAGCUGGCUGCCUCGAGGGGCUUUCAUUGACUUCACGAUCAACGAUUGUCAAAAAUUGGAUGUUGACCGUACAGUAAUGAAUAAGUCGUUGUCUUUGGAUGUGACUGGACCAAUACAACAUGUUAACGAAGGUUAUUAUUUGGAUGGGUCCAGUCUAACAUAUUCUAUUACCCCGUCUCAAGAUAUUGUGUCCAGCUCAUGUGAUUGCCCAGUUAUUCUAGUGAUAUAUGAUGACCUGGAAAUAUAUACCGAGUUUCUGAAUCAGAAAACUGGUAUACAAGCUGGUUUUAUCGUUGACUUUUGCUUCAAUCGAGAUGAGCUGUCUACAAAAAUAGUGGUCGAUAAAAACUCCUAUUUAUACGCUGGUCUGGUGAUCUGUACCACUAUUGUACCUGCUACCAUCAAUCUACGCAUCUCUGGAAUUUCUCACCAAUAUAAUAUCCUUGCGAUUGCGGAGAAAUCCUUGAGCAGGUGCACCGUUAUCCAUCACUACAUCAACACGUGUACUAUAAAUUCGCUCUCUAAUGUGUACCAGGAAAACGAUGAACUGUGUGUUGUUGCUCUGGUAUCUCCGAGACUAUCUCCUCUUGCUCCUACUUGUACUCCCCCUAACAACGGCAAACAGUGCACUGCUAAUUUCUUUGUUUUAGUACCCGCAAUAACGCUAUUAUUUACAGUUUAAUUAAUUAAUUAUGGUAUAGCUCAUUAUAAUGUAUAAUAAUUAUAGUUGUAAGUAUAAUUUAUAGCAAUUUGCUUUUAUUACAAUG